AUGGCCUCUCAACCUCCGGUCGCGGGGUCCGACGGCGCCCUCCCGCUCAUCGACAUCAAGCCGCUCCUCAAGAAACUCUGGCCCGUCCCGGACGCCGGCGUCAAUGUGACCCCGGACGAGAUCGCCGAGGCCAUCUCCCACUUCUUCACCCACCAGGUCUCCGACGCCCAGGCCGCCUCUCUCCUCAUCGCCCUGCACUUCACCAACCUCGACCGCCGCGCCGACGUCAUGGCCCGCUCCGCCCACGUCAUGCGCCGCGCCGCCGCAAAGGUCGACUUUGACGACCUCGGCCGCGUCGUAAGGCAAAAGGCGCUGGCCGCCGGUGCCUACGGCGGCGGGCUGUGUGACAUUGUCGGCACGGGCGGCGACUCGCACAACACCUUCAACAUCAGCACCACGUCCAGCAUCCUCGCCAGCUCCCUGCUGCUCGUGGCCAAGCACGGCAACCGCGCGAGCACCUCAAAGUCCGGUUCCGCCGAUCUCGUCAACAACAUGCAGCCCCGCCCGCCCGUGCUCAUGGCCGUCUCGCCGGCCACCCUCUCCCGCGUCUACUCGGCCACCAACUACGGCUUCCUCUUCGCCCCCGUCUUCCACCCGGGCAUGCGCUACGUCGCGCCCAUCCGCAAGGAGCUGCCCUGGCGGACAAUCUUCAACCUCCUGGGUCCGCUGGCGAACCCAGUCGAGGACAUCCUCGAGGCCCGCGUCAUCGGCGUCGCGAGGAAGGAGCUCGGCCCCGUCUUCCUCGAGGCCCUCAAGAUCGGCGGCUCCAAGAAGGCCAUGAUCAUUUGCGGCGAGGAGGAGCUGGACGAGGUCAGCUGCGCCGGGCCGACGCUAGUGUGGAGGCUGAGCGAGAAUGCCGAGGGCGACGUCGUCUCGGACCACUUCAGGGUGCAGCCGAGCGACUUUGGCCUGGGCACGCACCCCCUCAACACCGUAUCGCCGGGCAAGGAGCCCUCCGAGAACGCCGAGAUUCUGAGGAGGAUAUUGGAGGGCGAGUUGGCCGACAACGACCCCAUUCUGGAGUUCGUGCUGAUGAACACGGCGACGCUGUUCGUGGCCUCGGGUAUCUGCGAGGCGGAGACGAGCAACAUGGGCCCCGGCGACGACGGCCAGGUCAUCACCGAAAGGGGACCUGGCGGAGGACGAUGGAAGGAAGGCGUGCGGAGGGCGCGCUGGGCUGUCAAGAGCGGUGAGGCCUGGAAGCAGUGGAGGGCGUUUGUCGACGUUACAAACGGAUUCGACCAGUGA